UGUCGUGUCCUCACCUAGACAUUUUUUACCUAUUUUAAGCGUUAUUAAAAUGCAAACAAUCGAACUUCUUUCUUACUGCUCAUCCUGUUUAUUCAUAUGGAGCGGAUAUUUUGUCAUAAAUUUUACAAAAACAUGUAUUUCGGACAUUAAUGGUUAUAGUAUAUGACAUUUCUAGUUUUGUAGCCAUCACGCUUACAUUGCAAUUAACAUCAUUAGCGGUAACAAUGAUGCCUUUUCAUUGUUUUUCUUUCUUCUCUCCUGUUUUUUAGUUGUAAAAAACUGGGUUUUUUUAUUUCGCUUUAUAGUAGACUGGUAUAAACUAAUUUAUCUAGCAUUGGCAGGCUUCUGGUUAAUUUCUAAAAGGCAAAAAAAGCUUAAUUUAAGUAUUAAUGGUUUUUGUGUGUUUACAUAUAUAAAUAUCACAAAUUGUCGUUCGUCAAAAUUAAUUUCUUUAAUUGGCCUAUAAAGCAAGAAGGCCCCGAAACUUGACAUACUGUCAGUGUGAAGAAAGAUGCUAGAAAAUUCGGCGGCGCUGUUCUAGCUAUAACUCGUGACAUUCGUGAAAUUGCGGCAGAUUGUAUUCUAAGCAUAUUUGGAUUUAAUAUAUCACUUAUCAGUAUAUGUGAACUAAGCGAAAUGACACAGGCGUGUGUAUUAUUACUGGUUACUGUCUUCGUUAUCUCGGCUGUACAGGCGCAGUUCGGAGCUGUCGACCAGGAAUGGCUGAUGGAUGACCCACACAAAGCUGACAGACUGCCAAUAUGGAGUCAGUUGCUAGGCAACAGAGCUUUCCCGUUUGGAGCACAAGCAACGACUAACCGGUUCCCAGUCUACACAACCAACAAUUCGAAUAACCUCUCUGGAAAAACGGGGAACAGCUGGAUGAAAACGUUACAGAAUUUGUAUAGAAUAGUUUUAUGGCGACAGUUGCUUGGUAACCAAAACAUCGGUGCACGAGUUACUGCUGCACGUGCUACUACUCCUACACCACCACGUGCCAUAAAUAGCAACACAUCGGGUAGAACUACCGGACAAAAUUGGACAGACCAGUUAAGGAAUUUCUAUAGAAUAGCAGUAUGGAACCGGUUGCUUAGCAACCAGAGUGGAUCAAGUCAAAAUGCAAAAUAACAAACAGAAAAGCCAUGCAACUUAGCAAAUAAUAGUCUUUAGUUUGUAAAAAAAUGGGAUCACUGUAUGAAUCGUCAUCAAAGAUUGUCAUUGUCAAGGAGCUGAAGAAAGAUCUUAUAAAUCUGACAGCAGACAGAUAAAGGAUCACCAUUUAGUGAAUAACUUCUGUUUAUAAUUUCAUUUACUGACUUCUGAAUACUUAAUAUUUUAAGUUCAUCUAAAUACCAAUGUAAACCAAAAUAAAUCAACUCAAUGGCUUGUGUAUAUUAUCAAAAUAUUCUAUUUCCUUGAAAAAAAAAUUUAUCAACACUUUGCUUAUUUUUGAAAAUGCCUCUUUGAAAAAAUAAAAGCUAAGCAUUCUUUUA